AUCAGCUGGGCUGACUUUGACCCAGCUGUUUCCCUCCUUAGCUAUUUAAAGCAUAGUGUGUGAGGGAUAUUUCUGUAGCUACCAGAGAAUAGUCUGGUUUACACUGCGGAACAUGAAUGAGAUCAAGAUGGCUGUGCUGGGCAGCGGGGGGGUCGGGAAGUCAGCUCUGAUCGUCCGGUUCCUCACCAGGCGUUUUAUUGGCGAGUACUCUUCUUCUUCAGAGUGCAUAUACAGGAAGCGUCUGUCUGUGGGUGGGAAGCAGACCGAUCUCCAGCUCUAUGAGCCAUGCUCUCGGGCCUGUGAGGGGAAGUCCGCUGUAAAGGAGCAGAUCAGCUGGGCUGAUGGUAUCAUCGUGGUCUAUGAUAUCAGCGACCGCUCCUCCUUCCUCACUGCCAAAGCCAUCAUACAGCUGAUUAGAGAGCUAAGGGACGUAGACUCACUCAUAUUUCUGGUGGGCAACAAACAGGACCUGUGCCACAGGAGGGAGGUGCAGCGGGAUGAAGCGCAGCGUGUGGCUGCCCAGUGUCAGUGCCAGUUCUACGAGCUGUCGGCAGCCGAGCACCACCAGGAGCUUGCGCUCAUAUUCUCCAAGAUGGUGCAAAACGCUAGCGUGGGCAGCAAGGCCAAGGAGCGCAGGAGACGCCCCAGCGGCUCCAGGACCAUGGCCAAACUCAUCAACAAUGUCUUCGGCAAGAGGAGGAAAUCAGUGUGAAGAC